GCAUCAACAGCACUGUCCAAACCCAAAAGGAAAGCCUCCCAACCCCUUGUGAAACGAGAGCUUGGCUAUACAUACAUCGUAGUUCGGUUGGCGGAGAAAUCAAACACAGUAAUCCACAGCUACGGACCUAACAGCUACAGUAGAAGUUGAUAGAAGCAAGGAACGAGGCUUGAACCAGAGUGGGUUCUUGGAUUUGCUGAGAAUGGAGACUAGAGUUGGUUUGGGCGACAAAAAGAAAAGGACGAGGGGGGAUGGGGAGCGUCCGGGCCUUGGCUUUGGCCGUGGUUCAGACUACAUCCCAUAUGCUCCUCAGAAGCUGAUCCGCACGGCUGGGCUUCCCUUCCUUUCUUCUUGUACCAGCGGGGAUGGCAGUAGCGUCCCAACUUCGACCCUGUCCUUCAGCGGCAGCCCGACCUUAUUUCUGAACGAUGACUACGAUGGUGGAAGAGCUCUGCUGCCUUUUCCCACUCCCUUCAAAUCCCCAGGCGUGGGAAUGGGCGUAGGUGGCUGUGAUCUGAGAGGGUUUCCAUUGACUUCGGCGCAGCGGCAGGAAAUCCAGCGCCAGGCUCUGAUCUACAAGCACAUCAUAUCUUCUGUUCCUGUCCCCUCUGACCUCCUCAUCUCCAACUCUCCUCCCUAUCACCUCCCCCCAAAUCUGGUGGCGGGUAGAGGUGGUGGUGGUACGUUUAACUUGAGGUUUUCGAACCGCAUGGAUCCGGAGCCAUGGAGGUGCCGGAGGACGGACGGGAAGAAGUGGAGGUGCUCGAGGAAUGCGGCGCCGGACCAGAAGUACUGCGAGCGCCACAUGCACAGGGGUCGCCCUCGUUCAAGAAAGCCUGUGGAAGUUAGCAAUACCAAACCCACCUCCACCAACGCUCCUCCAACCACGGCAGUCCCGACCAACUCGCCAACCAUCGUCACCACGACCACCACCACCGCAAGCCUUUCUAGGCCGCUUCCAUCUCAAUCCUCUGGCCUCUUCCUCAAGGAUGAGCUUAAGAUUCCAUUCCAAUCCUUGGAACCAAACGAGGAACAACGGUGCCUGGAUUGGAUGAAAGGGAAUAAUGAGGAGAUGGAAUCAAGCUUGCAGUGGGAGCUGAUGCAUUCGAAGAUUGGGUUGACGCAUGGCACCAUUCCUGUUCUCCAGCAUUAUGAGGACCAGCUGACCAUGAACUACGCUGCCUUUCUUAAUCCCGAUCUCUGCUCGCUGGAAGAAAAUGCCGUCGGCAACCGCGGAGAAGCCCCCAGGAGCUUCAUCGACGCCUGGUCCACGGCGACCCCCGCUGCCACCGCCGAAGUUGGCAACUCAACAUCUGUUCCCACCACCGGUGAGCUUCCGCUGUCAACCCUCACGCUUUCCAUGCCCAGCACGGGAGAAGGCACCGAUCAUCAAAUCCAAAUGGCCCCUGUUUCGCCGCUCGGCGGUCCUCUCGGUGAGGUUCUUCAGACGAGCAGUGCAACGUCUCCACGGCAAGGGUUCGGUGCCAAUGAUGGGGAUUCCAGUAGUCGUGGGCUUAUCAACAUUCUGAGCCAUGGUUUUCAUGGCAGUCAUGAGGUGAGCCUCCAAGAGAGUCCAACCAGGAUAGCUUCCUCUCCUUCUGGUGUCCUGCAGAAGGCCUUGGUUUCGCUCUCUGACUGGUAACAACCGAAGUCCCACUUUCGUUGCUGCCUCCCGGUCCGCGAUUCCUCUCCAGUGGACAAACCAGACCAAGCAGUAGUAUAUUGUGUCCCCGAACCUCGUUUUCUUUUAUGUCUCACAGUUGCCGUUUUCUUGAUUGUUUUUCCUGUUCUCGUCAUUGGGUUAGCAUGCGUCAUCUUGUUGAUAUAACAAUUGGGACCUCACCUAAGAAAAAAAAAAAAAAAGAAAGUUCAGAUUCUAUUUCGCACUGCCCUUAAAAGAUAUAUCAGAUUGUAUAAUCGCACCCUCACAUGCUUUUUUUUCAUUUAAGUCCUGACAUCUAAAGAUCAAAAUUUAUGCAAAUCUAAUCAUAAGCAUCAUGAUCGGUCUGUGGUCAGUCUUAAUGAGCUUGUGUCUUCUAGUCUACAUAGGCUAUGGGUCGAAACUGCUCCGAUAACAUUUUUAACAACCUAAAAUUUUAUUAAAAUUUUUUAAUAAAAUAUAUUAUUUAAAAUUUUUUGAUUCUAUAUAAGUAUUCAAAAAUUUUUUGGCAAAUAAUUAGUAUGAGACUAAGUACACGUCUACGAAGGUUCUCGUACUUGCUCUUUGGUGUUUUGUUGGAUUUGAACAUGUCAGGAGGCUGGUAUUCUGUUUGGUUACUGACAUGGGGUUUCCAACACGAAGUCCUCUGCGUUCGGAAAUGGAAAACAGUCGAUUCUCAGUUUUCUGCU